CUGAACCCAUGGCACUGUCAGGAGCCUGGCUAACUUUCUCCAGCUUGCCUCCUUGCCUGCAUCUUGCAUCUUCUCCUUCCUUCCUUCCUUCCCUCCUCCUCCUCCCUUGUAAUCUACUACCCUCCCUUUCUCGGUAAUUCCACCCGCCCCAGUAGCAGACUGGGCGGUGACCUUAAUGCAUAUAUAUGUAUAUUUGUAAAAGAAGCUGGAUGCUCUCUUACCACCUCUGGUAUCACCUUGUCCUGCAGGAGGGAAACGGAUAGCCACUUGGCAGCUCGUGCAACACACAAUGGCUUCUGUCUGGGUGCCGGCAGUUCUUACGGUGGUCCUUUUGCUCUUGGGAGGAAGCUAUUCCAGUACUGGAGGUCCCUGGUGCUACAAUGAAGCACACUGUGGUCCUAACACAUGGUUAUCAAUCGGUCAUUGUGGUGGUAAGAGACAAUCCCCUAUCAACAUCCUUUCACAUGACUCCAUCCUUAACUCUAAACUGGGUGCUGUGAACCUCACCGGCUACGAAGACAGGAAAAAACUGCUGGAGAUCAAGAACACCGGGAAAACAGUUGACGUAGAACUUGAAGAUGGGCUCUCUCUUAGCGGGCAUGGCCUUCCAUCAUCAUACACGGCUAAAUCCUUCCACCUCCAUUGGGGAGAUGGCGUCUCCAAGCCAGGCUCUGAGCACACAAUUGACAGUAAACGCUACUCUAUGGAGUUACAUAUUGUGCAUACCAAAAACAACAUGAAUGUAUCAGACGCCGUGAAGGACCCAGAAGGCAUUGCUGUGUUGGGAUUUUUUCUUGAGGGCUCAGAGAAGGCUAAGUCAAAGGGAAAGACAGCCGAAGCCUGGGAAGAGUUUAUUAAGAACCUCCAUAAAGUCUCUGAAAAAGACAAAGAUGAAGAUCUCACCAGCACCAUCUCUCUGCUGGACCUGUUGGGCACUACGAACCUUACCUCCUAUUACCGCUACCUCGGCUCCCUCACCACCCCGCAAUGCAAUGAAGCGGUCAUCUGGACCAUCUUUACGGACCCAAUAUUAGUGCCGCCUAAAGUGGUAGAAGCUUUCCCAUCUGAGCUCCGUUCAAGUGAUUCCUCCAGUGGGCCUCCAAUAAAGAACAACUUCCGUCCCCUACAGAAAAUCGGGGACCGGAAGGUGGAAAGGUCGGCUGGUUUGGGCUCUGCUGCCUCAUUCCUCUCUCAGUCAGCCACGUUGCUUCUCUUCCUUUCCAUCACUUCCCUGGCCGCCUCCUUUCCUGUCUAAAGGUUGGGAGAGGCAGGAGCAACAGGGAAAGGUGAGUUGGAAAGAUCUUCAAAGAGUUCAAAGCUAAGCAACCGUCUUUCCUGUCCUCUCAGGAAACUCCCAUUUUGUCUCCAUUUGUCUAUCAACCCAGCUGAUCCAGUAGCAGAACGCUAAUGGCAAGUGACACUAAAAGAGUGUGAGGUCCAUUUUCCAACAAGAAUAGGAUUAUGGAGGAGAAAAAGUUCCAACUUCUUGGCCUGUGUUUGGAAAGCAAUUGCAGUCUGGCAAAACUAGAGCUGAAGUCAGACUUUCUGCUUGAAACUACUAGCUACGUCUUGAACAACAUCCACAAUCUUAGGGCUUGUCUACACUGAUGAACAAAGUUAUACCAUAGAAUCAUAGAAUUAAAAAAGAUCCCAGUUCAACCCCAUUCUGCCAUGCAGGAACACACAAUCAAAGCACCCCUGACAGAUGGCCAUCCAGCCACUGCUUAAAACUCCCUAGAAAAGGAGGCUCUUCCAUUGUCCCAGGCAGCAUAUUCCACUGCAAAACAGCUCACUCUCUGAAGUUAUUUUCCUACAAUUUGGAAUCUCUUUUCUUGCAAUGCCCAACACCGUAUUUUCCUGAUCCACGUUUCCUGAGCCCUAUAGUGACCCCUUAACAGCACACAUAUCACAUCGUGGUAAGAUGACAAUAUCCGGCCACACAUUUCCACUUGGCGAAUUCACCUCACUGUUAGUGAGUGGUUUGUAUUUCAACUCCUUUGCAUGAUUUUCAAUCACGUGGCUGUGGGUGCUCCACUUUUCCCCCUUCAUCAUACACACAAAUAAAUGUAUUUUCUGUCAAGUGGACACUAAUAUAUAUAUUAACACUAAUAUAUAUGCAAAUAUUUGCACACCUUUUUUAAAAAAUUAAAACCAGGAAAGAGCCACCUCUUGGUGGAAAUGCUCACCACCCACCGCCGACUACUCCACCUGGGUGGAUGGGCCACACUAAACUAAAAAAAAGGAUUUUUUUAGGGACAGGGAAAAGGGCAAGUUUUUUUUUUUUAAUGGAUUAAAGCCCAAACAAAGGCAUUUCAAAUGAACUGUCACAGACACCAUGUGUCAGGGUAAGAGUCCCUAUGAGGGAUGAUUUUUUUUUCUGUAGACAAGUCCUUAGAUAUCAUAACUAAAAACAACAAUAAGACACUGGAUUUUCCCAGCUCAUUGCUCAAGGAUUCUUUCAGCAGGCAUUGAGCAAUGAAACAUUUCAAAUCAAUGCAUCAUACACCAAAACUUUCAGAUUUCAAUGUGUGUUUGGAGGUUCGGCUUUCUCAGUGCAAAACGUUUUUAAGCUCUAACCUUCAGAAUUAAUUUCAGCUUUAUUUGUGGCAGAGUUUACAUUCCUUGGAACUAGGGCCCCAACUACACUGCAAUAUAAUGGAGUUUCAGAGUACAAAUCAACUGCAUUGAAGUGUAGACUCAUAUAAUCCAGUAGGGGCUGCGGUGGUGCAAUGGGUUAAACACUUGUGCCGGCUGAACUGCUGACCUGAAGGUCGGUGGUUCGAAUCCACAAGACGGGGUGAGCUCCUAUCUGUCAGCUCCAGCUUCCCAUGUGGGGACAUGAGAGAAACCUCCCACUGGAUGGUAAAAUAUCCAGCACAUCCCCUGCAAACGGCCAAUUCUCUCACACCAGAAGUGACUUGUAGUUUCUCAAGUCACUUCUGACAUGAUUACAACCCGGUGGCGCAGUGGGUUAAACCACUGAGCUGCUGAACUUACUGACCAAAAGGUCAACAGUUUGAAUCCAAGGAGUAGAGUGAGCUCCCGUUGUUAUCCCCAGCUUCUGCCAACCUAGCAGUUUGAAAACAUGCAAAUGUGAGUAGAUCAAUAGGUACUGCUCCAGCGGGAAGGUAAUGGCGCUCCAUGCAGUCAUGUUGGUCACAUGACCUUGGAGGUAUCUAAGAAAUGGCUUAGAAAUGGAGAUGACCUCCAGAGUCGGACACAACUAGACUUAAUGUCAGGGGAAAACCUUUACCUAUACAUAUAAUCCAGUUCAAUGCAGUUCAACUUGCAUUAUAUGAGUCCACAUUGUAUGGCAGUAUAGAUGGGACCUAGGAUCAUAUAUGCCUGGUGAUGAUCUUAAAUAGCCCAUUCACAUAUUUAUCUAACACCAGAUCACCUUUCCAUCCUAUUCCAUGUUUAUCUCACAACUAUCUAGCAUCGGCAUAUAAGUCUGGAUCUCUUCCUAUCAUGCUAUGGACUGAGUAAAUAGCCACUUGCAUGUCAGGAUCUCUUCUUAGUUGGAAAACUGGAGCAAACAAUGAACUUUGAUCUACCUCAUCUUCCCCCUUAAUACUGGCAUGUGUUUGUUCCUGCUUAUUGUUAUGCCUUAAUUCUUUAAUUGCAAAGCGGAUUUCCAUAACCUUUGAUGACAAAGGCCUAUAAUUUAUUAAGAUACAAACUACUCCCCAAUGAUGCGGGGGUGAAUUGAAUUGUUUGUUUGAAAACAGCCCUGACAAAGUGGGAGCUUUAAAGCGUGGGAAGACAAAAGAAUGUUAUUUACUAAUCGCUCCUUCGAGACUUUAAUGUCAAAAAAUAGUUUUGACCAGUAGUCGGGAAUAAGUUGUGACCACAGUGCCAAACUAGACACUGACAUUUGUCACGUACUUUACCCUUGUGUUGUUGUUUCUACAAAAAAUAAACAGCAACUUCAGAUGGAGGAGGUGCUCCCUGCUGGGACCAAGACAGAGACAAGAGGCUAAAGUCUCGCAUUCCCUUGUAAUUGGGUCCUAAGUCGGCUCAAACACCACUGUCUCCGGGAAUGUGUAUUUUAAAAAGCAACUACACAAGGUUAAAUUACAUGACAAAAGUUGUGUCUGCUUUGGUCCUGAAAAGAAGAAGUGUGUGUGGUGAUUAAACUGUGUGUCUUUUGUGUGUGCGCAUGUGUGUGUGUGUGUGUGUGUCUUUAUAUGAAGAGAAAUAAACAGUGUUAAAUAUUUCAGUGAUGGAUCACUUAUCACUAGUGUAGUUAGUGAUUAUAUGUUUAUCCAACCUUUCCUCCAAGGAACACGUAAAUGAUGUGUGUGUAUGUGUGUGUGUGUGUGUGUGUGUGUGUGUGUGUGUGUGUGUGUAUAUAUAUAUAUAUAUAUAGGUUGCUGUGAGUUUUCUGGGCUGUCUGGCUAUGUUCCAGAAGCAUUCUCUCCUGACAUUUCACCCACAUCUAUGGCAGGUAUCCCCAGAGUUUGUGAGGUCUGUUGGAAACUAGGCAAGUGGAGUUCAUAUGUCUGACUACAAGUAUUUAAAAAACUCUAAAAUCGGGACAGUAAAUAAAGAACAGCACUCAGAUAACAAGGGAAUUCCAGACAAGAAACAAUCAGGGCCAGCUAACAUCUCCCAACAAAAAAAGCAGCCUGGCUUUGAAGCUGCAGAGCUAUUUAAUGCUAAACAAGCUGGCUAAUUGUAACAUUUGCACAUGCCUCAAACAGACAAAGAGUUAUUUCUCCACCCUGGACAUUCCAGAUAUAUAAACCGAUGUAGGCAAAACAUCAGAGAGAAUGCUUCUGGAAUAUGACCAUACAGCCUGGAAAACUCACAGCAAUUCCAGCCAUGAAAGCCUUCAACAACACGAUGUAUAUAUCAGUAUCCCACAUCCAGCCUUUGUAAUCUGACAAUAGUAGGCUACAUUGAAGGAAAAGUGACCUAACAUCACCCACUAUGCAUGCAAUCUCCAUGCUUCUUUUUAGAAUUUAUCCCCGACAUAUCUGGAGUAUCAUUUUUCUCCUGAAAUCCUGUGGACCCUUCCACACUGUACAAUUAUAAUGCUAUGAUUACACUAAAACACAGUGGGAUCUGCAGUUUAGGGAAGUGUAUCUAGAAUUCUCCACCAGCGAGGUCUAGUGCCUACGGGAUUACAAAUCCUAGGAUUGCAAAGGAUGCAGUCAUAGCACUGAAGGUGGAGUCCCAAUGCCAUGGCUGAUUGUGUAAAAGGGCCCUACACUUUUUAAAGAAGAGAAGAAAACUUCUUGUUUGUUAUUUUAAUUUCAACGCAGCCCGCAAAAGAUCCCCGAGGCAGACAUUUGGCUGCCAGACCGAACAAAACUAUCUCUUAGACAAGCAAAGCGAGAGGUCAUUCUGUUCUGUUCUAUUAGAUCUAGAAGGUUUUUGGUCAGUAUAUAAAUAAAUAAUGUAUUUAUACAUGUGUGUAUGUAUGUAUAAAUAAAUAAAUAAAUAAAUAAAUAAAUAAAUAAAUAUGAAGCAAGUUACUUUUGUCAAUAUGGGUCAGAUUCAAGAAGUGCAUACCCUCCAAUUGUCGCAAUUUGGCAAGACAUUUCCAAGCAAUCUGCUGCCAUCCCACCUUUUUGGGUUGUGGCUAGCUCGGUGGGUUAACCUCCAGCUACAGAAGGUCUUGCUGACCGGAAGGUGGGCAGUUCAAGCCACGGGUGGGAUGAGCUCCCACCAUCAGCCUAGCUUCUGCCUACCUAGCAGUUCGAAAACAGCGAUGUGAGUAGAUAAAUAGGUACCACUUUAGGGGGAGGGGCUAAAAGGCGCCCCUGAAAAAAUAUGCCUGUGGUUCAAUCAGAAAAGGUUCCAUGAACAACGAAGCUCCUCGGCAUGAAAGAAUGGAACAAAAACACCUUUCCCUGGCUGAGUCAAGCAUGGCCUCCAGAUGCCGGAGUUGGAAAAAAAUAAAGGAAGCCCUGCCUCUGUUUAUGUACCGUUCUGUCUUUGUGAAUUGUAUAAUGGCAUUGAACAUUUGCCAUAUAUGUACCUGUAAUCUGCUCUGAGUUCCCUCCCCUCGGAGAGACAGAGUGGAAUAUAAAUAAAGUACAUUAUAUUAUUA